AGCUGUUUGCACCAUUUUGUGAUGAGCGACAGGGCAGGAGGUUGUAGUUCCGCUUUAUAGCUCCAUCAUCGGGUUUUCCUCCAGAGUAUCUUCUACACAGGAUCUGUUUUUGAUUUUAGAAAGAGAGGGGGUUUGGGGUUUAAAUAAAAACAUAAAUACGCCUUCUGUUUUUUUUUUUUUUUAAACCGGAAGUUCGAGGAGCUAGUCAUCAGCUGGGUCAGUUAGCUAGCUAGCUAAGUAGCGCGUGAGCCGGAAAACCUGAUCAAUAUUACAAUAUUAAAUCCACAAACACUCGAAAACAAAGACCGGGCCGGCCGGCGAGCGAGAGAAGAAAAUGAGCUCCCCCUCUACUCAAAAAUUCGUGCUGAAAAGCACCACCAAGGUGUCGCUGAACGAGCGCUUCACAAACAUGAUGAAGAACAAGCAGCCGACCGCCGUUAGCAUCCGGGCCACCAUGCAGCAGCAGCACAUGGCCAGCGCCAGGAACCGGCGUCUCGCCCAGCAGAUGGAGAACAGGCCGUCGGUGCAGGCGGCGCUGCAGCACAAACAGAGCCUAAAGCAGAGGCUGGGAAAGAGCAACAUCCAGGCACGGCUGGGACGGCCCAUCGGAUCGCUGAUGCGCGGAGCCGUCGGGGGACGGGGCUUCGGUGUGCCAGGAAUGCGAGGAGCUAUGCGAGGACUCAGAGGACGUGGACGAGGAAGCGCCAUGAGAGGAGCGCUGGUCCUAAGAGGUCAGCUGAAGGGCCGAGGUGGUCCCGGGCGUCUGGGUAUUCGCAGAGGAAUGCGUCAGCGUGGAGGAGCCACAGGUCGAGGAGCUGCUCUGAUCGGCCGAGGAGCAGCACGCGGAGGAGCCGGACCCCGAGGUCGCGGAGGUCUGCGGGGUCGCGGCGGUUUCCUCGGGAGAGGCCGCGGUCGAGGCGGUAGAGGAGGCAGAGGAGCCGGACGUCCUGUUGUCACCAGGGAACAGCUGGACAAUCAACUGGACGCCUACAUGUCCAAAACCAAGGGGCACCUUGACGCAGAGCUGGACGCGUACAUGGCCCAAGCCGACCCGGAGAGCAUGGAGUGAUCCGCACCUGUACACCUCGUUAUCCUCUCAGCUAGGCCUAGAGUUACAGGAGUUAUUCUUUUCCCCUGAAUGUCCGAUUUCCAAAUCUAAACGCUACUCACUCUCUCGGAAAUGGUGAUCUGUUCUCCGGAGAGCUGUGCGUACUGAACCGUUUAUACAGCGUAGGAUCAUUUAGUGUUCACCCAAUGCCAAGAGAAAUGGAAGGAACGUGGACACGGUGGAACAUCUGGAAACACCCCUGUCCUGUAACUAUGACCUCUGCCCUGAUAUGGACCCACACAACACAGACUUUUAGCCCUGAUUUUCUAUUGAACUGGACUUUAUUAGUGGUAAUAGUGUCAGUGUUGAUCUCUAAUAUCUAAUCUGAUGUUCUGCCACGUGCUGUUGCUGAAUUUUACUGUCCUGCCACAUGCCCCCUUUUAUUGCGAUUUUAUUUUGAUGCACUCGAUCCUGAUGUGAAAAAAAAAACUCCACUACACAUGUUGUAAUUGAACGAUUAUUUUUACGUUGCUUUUUAAUAAAUUUUAGCCCCGAUUGACUGCGGGUUUUGUCUCCGAUACUGAAUGUGAAUUUAUUUUCCCCCAAACAAUUGAAACCUAUAUAUAUCUCAUGUACAUCCGACGUAUUUCAGCUUUGCUUAGUCCUGUGGUGUCUCUGGUGAUCGAUACGUCUCUCUGGAUGUUCCUCCGAUACUGACUGAGGAUUAUAGAUCUUUAUUUUUCUCAGCAUUUUGUGUUUGUGUGAAAGAUUUCAGGACGUUGGCGGUGUAUAAAUCUGCUCUUACACCUUCUGAGACAAAAAUAUAGCAAUAAAGUGAUCAAAGACGA